GCAGAGAUUGUCUUUGGAGCGUAGCGAGGAAGCUGCACAGUUGAUGGAAGAGAGGAGACUGAAUGCCUUAAUGGAAAGACGCAGUCGCCUGUGUCCUGAACCUUCAGAUGGCUUCAGAAUCCAGCUCAAAUACUGUGAUGGUUCCAUGAAGUCGAGGCGGUUCCUACCUACACAGUCAUUGCAGAUCCUUAUGGAUUACGCUGGCAAUGACAACUCGGCCAGUGAAAUAUUCUGGUUGAGCAUGCCAAGUGCAGGCACACGGCUAUCAAGCACUAUGACUGGAACUCUUGAAGAACAUAACUUGACUACACCUUGCACAUUAUUUGUUCAGUGGUUGGAAGGAGAUGAGGUGGAACAAAUCCUUUUCAACUCUCCAAAUCCUGAAUCCAACAUUGAUGAAUGGCCAGAGGAGGAACACAUUGGCCAAAUAGACUCAUCAGUAAACACCAAGCAACGUGCUAUAGAGAUACUCACGGAGCUCACCAACAAACUUAAUUUGGAGGAUCGACACACGUCUAAUAUGAUUAAUGCAUGCAGAGAUGACAUUUAUGGAUCUGCAAAACGUGCAUUCACUAGACGCCUGUUCGACCCAUAUAAGCCACUGGGAGUCGUGUUUAUGGAUCUUGGCAAUAACUCAGAAGGGGCAGUGGAUGAUGGUGGCCCAACAAGGGAAUUUUGUCGACUCCUAAUGAAGGAUAUACAGAACAGGUGCCUAUUUGAAGGGCCAGAUCAUUCAAAAUUACUGGCCCUGGAUAGUCAUGCCAUCUCAAAAGGGGAUUACAAAUUGCUUGGGAAAAUGAUCAGUAUCUGCCUGAUUCAUGGUGGUGUAGCACCCCACUUCUUUGCACCACGACUGUUCAGUCUGGUUGUGGGUGAGGCUACAGAAGAUGUGGACCUGACAGAAAUUGUUGAUGAGAUGUUCAGGAGCCAGCUGCAGAAGAUCCAAGAUGCCAUAACCAUCGAGGAGACCAGGGAGGCUUUAGAAGAGGCUUCAAACAGCCUUUCUCUCCUUGGGUCUUUAAACAUCCAGUGUCGGACUCUGGAAGACAGGGAGACAGUCGUCCAGUGUGCAGCAAAGUUCUACCUGGAGGGGCGACUUAAUGCUGCAAUGGAACAGUUUGUGGAUGGUCUGGGCUGUCUAGGGUUGCAUGCUGCAAUGAAGGCUAAUCCGAUACAUAUCAGGUAUCUGUUCCUGGCCAAAGAGGACCUGCUGACUGCCAAGGACCUUAUUGACAUAUUCAGCCCACUCUUCGCAGAGGAGGGAAGCAAUCACAGGCACACUGAAAUAAGAACAUAUGCUUGGUUCCGUGACUUUUUGAUAGAUGUGGAAGGUGGAGAAAUGCAAGUGGAGCAAAGUAAAUGCCUCACUCUGCAGGAGGUUCUUGCUUUUACUUCUGGGCUGGAGGAGUUGCCCCCACUGGGGUUCAAAAACCAGCCAAUAAUUGAAUUUAUGCAUACUGACCGCAAAUUCCCUGAAGCCAAUACAUGUGAUGUAGUCCUCCGCCUACCAGUGCACAGAAGUUAUGAGGAGUUCUGCAACCACAUGUGCAGUGGGAUAUUGCAGGCCACAGAAUUUGGAAUGGCAUAAAAGUCAUGUUCUUGGUGUUGUUUUGUUUGUUCUAUCAGAUUCUAAUCAAACUGAAGUCAUUCAAAUAAAGAAGUA